GCUGCACCUCUUUUACCAACGUGCCGAUCCAACUGGUUUCGGAAGUUCAAAUAUUUUCCACCUGAAACCCAACUCUACUGGCCAUGCCGACGAACGCCAAGGUGCCGAUCUCGUCUUUAUUCUCGCCCACGAGUUCCUCAAGGACAUGGCGCGCGACGCGUACUUUCCGCAGGACCUGGUGCUCCAGGGCAAGCAGUUGCUCGAACGCUUGUGCGACGACAUCGAACAAGCCCAGCCGUUGACGCCCGCCAGGCUCCUCGAGUUGACGCAUGCUACGACAGAAGAGUUCAAUCAACUCGAAGAAGCGUUCGAAGCUCGUGGCAGCAUGCUGGAAACCGUGGCUCGGGAUGCGAUCGGGUCCGACAUUGGGUUCAUCGCUGCUGCCUACGGCUUCGACGUCGACGUAGAGGAGCUCAUUUCGAACCGCGAGUGGUAGCUACAAUCAAGAACAAUACGACUUGUGGCUCCAUCCUCCUCGACGCCAUGGAUCCUCAUGGCCAACAGAGUUUUUUUUAAUUCACCACGUCAUACAAAAACCAAGA